GGUACACCAUCUUCAAGGACCACGUGUCUCUGGGCGACUAUGAAAUCCACGACGGCAUGAACCUCGAGCUGUAUUACCAGUAGAACGAACACACACACACACACACACACACACACACAGUCUGAAAGUGUGUUCAGUUGACUUGUUUUGAUAUGAUUUGCAAAUAAACUCAUAUUUAUAUAUA